CUAUACCAUUUCCCGGACAAGUUGUCCACUUGGGCAACAGGAAUAAUCCGAGGGGGCAUUCAACAUGAGUCUACUCAAUUAAUUUGUUCCGUGCGUACCCCACUCACUUGUGCAGGUGUGUAGGUGUGCGUGUAUAGCCCGUCGCCUUCCGCCAAUUGGACCUCAGACGCACUAAGUCAUAGGGGUGUAUGUGGGACGCUUCAGGUACUACCAGGGACAGUGUCGCUGGCCGAUACAUCAGGUUGGCCUAUCUUUCGCUGUCCUAGGAAGCGAUUCCCACCAAUUAGAACGAGAGUAAGGAUUUGAAUGACGAUUGGUUUGGUAUAACGAGCCACAGCCAAAUAAGUUUGCCGUAUGCUUUUGAAUGUACAGUUCACCUAAACGCAAUGGUUGGCUCGUAUGUUCAGCACUCGAGGGAGGUGAAGAACGUCGUACUGAAAGCGUACGAGGAAGGGGACGAUUGGAAGCAGGUCGCUUGCAUACUGAAGGUGAACGUGAAAACUUGCCGCAACUGGAUCCGGGCGUACGAAUCGACGGAAACGGUGGGACAGCACGGGGGAGUUCGUCGCAAAGCACUGGGAGAAAGCCACGUCGACUGUCUGGUUGAGUGGGUUUCUGCAGAGCCUACCGUUACCCUUGAACUCCUUCGUUUGCGGUUGAAGGCGGAGUUCGAAGUUUCAGUAAGUACCAGCACUGUCUCACGAUACUUGGAUGGUAGACUUAUAACAAUGAAGAAAUUGCACACCAUUCCGGAGUCCAUGAACACGCUGGAGAACAAAAAACGACGCAGAUCAUUUGUUUUGCAGCUCAUGGAUUACGAGGUGGAAGGAAGGCAACCGGUGUGGAUUGAUGAGACCAACUUCAACUUAUUUUGCUCCCGCACUCGUGGCCGCUCACGACGUGGCAGUCGAGCGCAGUGUACAGUGGCGAACAGCCGGGGACCGAAUGUUCAUCUUGUCGGCGCCAUGACAAACAACGGCUUGAUAGCGUGUUCGGUUCUGAGAGGAAGUUACAACAAGCAAAGGUGCGCUCAGUGGCUGCGACGAGUGCUUGAUACCAACGGAACAGGAUUUGUGGAAAGGUGUAUUUUGAUUUGUGACAACGCGCCCUGUCACACGCACCUGGAGCACGUUUUUCUGGAGGAACCGUACCGCUCUGGGAGACUUCUACGCCUUGCGCCAUACUCACCAGCUCUCAAUCCCAUCGAGGGCAUAUGGAGCAUAAUAAAGGCUCAUGUAAAACAGGCAAUGAAGGGACGGUACUCCGAGAUGCUCCUGGGGGAUCCUGAAGGCAUUAUGAAUAAAAGCGAGUGGCGCAUUCGGUUUUUGGAGCACGCGGUGUCUGAAGCACGGGCUUUAGUGACGCAGCAGCACUGCAAACAAAUGGUUCAACAUGUCAGUAAGAAUUAUGGACGUGUUGUCCAUUUGGCCGAUCUGUAAAACAUUCUGUUGGCAGUAAACUACCUGUUCUAAGCGAGUGUUGUUCUUACAUUAUUAUGAUGACGGGUCAGAGUGAACUUUAUACUCUGCUAGAAAUAGCUAGUUCUCUAAUCGGGGGAACAUUGUGGAUUUCCGGUAACUUGGUGCGUGUGGUCGCGUCGCAUACCAAUUGUAGUUGCCGCGUUGUAGAACAAUCAUGUGGGAGCUUGACAAGCAGAUGCCACUCUAACGCGGUUGUGUAACCAACAAUUACGUUCUACCGCCUGUCGUUGAUUGUGUUUGGAGAGCCAGUGGAUAAGGAAUUUGAUAAGGGCAUAAUAAAUAAGAAAAUUAAACUAUGCAGACUUGACGUACAUGGGUAUUGUGUGUGGCCGUUUGCCGGAUUGCUUAACCAAUUGCACCAACGCAGGCGGCUGGACGGUGUAAGCGGAAACGCAGAGUAUGUAGGACAAGCAGAACUAACCUUGAUCACGCUCGCUAGGGAGAUAUUUCCCGAUGGGCAUUCGUCAGUUGUGGACUGUAUUCGAACACACCACAGGGUUGCGGUGAGAGAAUGCUUUGAAGAUGCAAAUAAAAUGUACUCGCUUCGGCGAAUCAAAUUUACUCGUCGGGUUGUAACAUCUGCACAGGGAUGAGCGACUCCGUAUGACGCAAACCAAUCCGUGCGUUUAUAUGCCAUUUGCAAGUGGA